AGGCCUGGUGGAGUUUUUAAUUAGAUAUUUGGUAGUUUCUUGCCAUAAAAAGAAACUGUUCGUGUUUCAUCACCUUCGCCGGUAUUUAUGUUUUUGUUUGCAAACCGCUGCGGGUACGACUACUCUUUGCAGCAUCUAAAAAAAAAGCGCACCACAGUCGCAAACACUGCACUGUUCAAACGGUUCCCCUUGCUUUCCAAUAAUGGUAACUCCAAAAAGAAAACAAGUCAAACCAGUGUGUGAUUCAAUGAUGCAAAUGGCGAACAUCUUCACAUCAUCACCACCCGUACACCCUGCCCAGAAGAUCCAUCGAUUCGAGUACCGUUCGAACACCUCCAAACGCGGGCGCGUAUGGACCGAAAAGCAACAACGAACCAAAAAAAAGCAACCAACCCAGCAUGCCAUAAGAGCCACUCCACAGCGACAAGCAUGUGUUACGGACGUCGAACCGACCGAAAGACUCCGCGCUUUGAGAGAGGUUACAAUCGCGGCACCAAACGGCGAUAUCAUUCCUACGAAAACGUAAACCUUAAAUAGCCAGUGAUGUAGCCAUUUAAAGCUGUAAAAUCAAUCAGCCCGAAAAAGACGUAAAAAAGCAAUAAAUUUAGAAAGGCGAAGAAAGGAAACCGGAGCGCUUCGUGACGAAACCCUGUCGGGACCGGGUAGCCUAAUGAGGAUUCGGCUCCUCUAACUUGUCUUCCAAACACCGUCGAUCUUAACCACCAAAUCGGGGUGACUUGAUUUCCCUAAUUUUUUGUCCAACGGUUCAGUAAAUAAUGGUACCGAGACUUUAUCCAGAAGAAGAAGCUGGAAAAAAAACAUCCAAAAAGGUAGCAAAACGACACUACGAAAAUGAAACGAAUGACGGAAACGACAUAAACCCGCGCGCAAAAGAAAGCACAUCACACAAGACGAACUCCACAAAAUGAUAAAAUCAGACUUAAAGAGAAAAAAGAAACUGACUAAAAUACAGCAGCAGCAGCAGAUCGAAAUAGUACGCUCCAAAAGAGAAAUUGCAAUAGGUUGUGCCAGUGUCGCGGUUCACGACGAUCGUCCGAGAAGACGUGUGAUCGUUCACUUUCUUUCCCCGUUGCUGCGCACAUGCUUAUGGCGCGUUACUGGUGAAGCUUCAAUUCCGG